GCAACAUCAGAGAGAGAAGAAGUUAGAGAGAGAGAGAGAGAGAGCGAGAGUGUAGAGUGUGUGCGCUUGUAGUAUGCGUUAGGGUGUGAAUACUGUGGUUGAAGCCCGUCAAAUGGAAAUGAGAAGCGGGCGAAGUGGCGGCAACUUUUCCACUGAAUUGAUUUGCGCAAAAGUCACAGGAUACGCGGUGUAGAUAGCAACAGCAACAACAGCAGCAGCAACAGUCACAUCAGCAACAUCAGCAACAACAACAACAACACAACAACAGCAAUUUGCAUAAUUUUCAGCAACAGACACGCCAGCAACAUAAGCAACAAAUUUCACACAGCAAACGCAACGGACAUAAAAAGGGCGCCGAAACAAAACAGGAGAAAAAAAAAUAAAACAGUAAAAAAAAACAUGUAAGCUACGUUUGCUCGAUGGAUUUUUUUUAGCUUUUCGCAUUUAAUAUAUGCAAAACAGAGAAAAAAAAUUAAAAGCCGAAAAAGAAACAAUCAAAAGCGGAAAUAAACGCGCGCAAAACGCUGGCAAAACGCGCUGGAAACGCGACGAAAAGCAGCAGGAAACGCCAGAGUCCAGAAACAACAGCAGCAACAACAACAACAACAAUAACAAGAGCAGCGCGUACGCGAAAGUUUUUGCCUAUAAAUGUACCAGGACAGCAGCUGCAGCAGCAGUAGUCGACGUGGCAGCGCAGCAACAGCAACAACAACAGCAGCAGCAGCAGCAACAGCAACGACGACGGCAGCAGCAGCAGCAGCGGCAGCAGCGGCGGCGGCAACUGGGAAUGAGGAGGAUAACUUUGAGGCGUUGACAAUAAUAACGACAACAACAACAAUAACAACGACAGCGGAUAUAGCCAAAGUGGGCGUGGGCGAGGCGACAACAACAACAGCAGGCGCAGGAGCAGGAACAGCAACAGGAACAAGCGCCGCUGGCAGCUGCAAUAACAGCGACGACGACGACGACGACGACGACGAUAUUUAUACAUCAGCCGAUGCCGAAAUAGAUAUAGAGUGCAUAACAGCGCAGGGCUCACAAUUGCCAACGAGCAACAGCAACAACAGCCACAGCAGCGGMCACAGCAGCAACAGCAGCAGCAGCUGCGGAAAUGCCGCGCUGUUCUGCAGCGCACGACAGCAACAGCAGCCGCAGUCGCAGCAGUCGCAGCAGCAACAGUUGCAGCUGCAGCAGACGCAACGUGCCGCCGCUGCCCUAAACGCCGAUGUGCGUUUGCUGCGUAAAAUCGGCUACAUUGCCUCGCGAGUGCGCUGCCUGGCCAAAUACUAUAACGACUUUCGCCUGGUCAAUCCGUACAGCGCGCAUCGGCAGCGACGUCAGCUGCAGGAGAUAUUGUUGAAGCACUCGAUAUUCGAUCCGGGACGCGAACGGGAGCGUGCCUUGCUGCUGGCAGCGGCAGCGGCGGCAGUUGGUGCAGCAACAACAGCGGCCACCACAGCAGCAACAACAGCAGCAACAACAGCGGCAGCAAUUGUUAGUCGCAGCCAGAGCUGCAGCAGCAACAGCUUUGAGCCGCUGGAGGAGCAACCGUUGCAGCUGGAACCAGAGUCUGAUACAGAACAGGAGCAAGAAGAGCUGGCCAUAGCCACGGUGACAACGACAACGACAGCGACAGCAACAGCGACAACAGCGACAGCAACAGCAACAGUGCGACGCAAAUCGUCGGCUAGCAGCACCGGCAGCGGCCCAGUAACAGCAACAGCAACAGCAUCCGCCUCGGCAUCGGCAUCGGCAUCGGCGGGCGCCUCGACCAGUGCGUCGGCCUCGCUUCUGACAGCUGCCACGCCCAUAGCGCUGCUGGAGGAGUUGCUCAUACAGUUCUACGAGGAUCAGGAUCAGUGCCGCAGCAAGUUGACUGUUAUACGGCGGCGGCUGGCGUGCAGCGACAAUUUGAAUACACUCAAUAACAACAACAACCACAACAACAAUAACAAUAGCAGCAACAACAACAACAAUAGCAGCAACAGCAGCAGCAGCAACAGCCGCAGCAGCAACAGCCGCAGCAGCAACAACAACAACAGCAUCAGCAACCAGAACAACAACAGCAACAACAGCAGCAUCAACAAUUUCAGCAACGGCCACAGCCUGACCAUGUCCACGUCCAUGUCGAACAUGGUCGAAGCAGCAGCAGCWGCUGCUGCUGCCACAGCCACAGCGACAGCAACGGCGACGGCCACAGCAGCAGCGGCUGCCGCAGCUGCCGCCGCCGCCGCUGCGACAGCGACAACGACMGCAGCAACUGUUGCUAGCGACAUUGCUGUUGUCCUGCCCACCAGCAGCAGCGGCGGCAACAUGUGCACUGGCAGCGGAUCUAGUCAGCAGCAGCAGCAACAGCAGACGCGCGCCUAUUUGCAGCCCUCGCUCGACGGCGACCAUCCGUCGCGUCGUCGUCGCGCCAGCGACUGCUCAGCGGCCGCUCUGACGAACCAGCUGCACUGCAUCACGCUGAAGAACAACAACUGCACAGCCGUCGCAGCGGCCAGCGCGGCUGGCAAGCUGCCCUUCCAUCGGGGCAGCUGCGGUGCUGCCGGCGAGCAUCUGCUGGCAGCGAACUCGAUCGCCAAUCGCGCCACCAUCAUAUUGAGCAAGUCCUGCAGCAAUGUGGACGGCGACGUCAGCCUGACGGCCAGCGUGCCCAACAACAAGCUGCGGGCCAGCGCCACCGACAUCGAGAGCAACUCGAAUGCCCUCAAUGGGGGCCGGAUCGAUGCCAUGCAGCAGGCCAUUGCCGAUGCCACCUCGAACAACGGCAACAAUGAGUACAGCAUCCUCCAGCUGAACAACACGAUCAUCCAGUGUCACUUCAACGACGAUGACUUUCGCGCCCUGGUCAAGGAUCUCAAGCGCAAGGUUGAGUACACGGAGCGCAUGAAUUGGCUAUGUCUCUCCAAUCGGCCAUUGGGCCCGCCACAUCGCAAGAGCAGUCUACCAAAGCAUCAGGAGGUGAAGCGUCGCUUCCUGCAAAUUUGUGAUACCAAUUUUUCGGAUGAGGUUAAGGCGGCCUUACGUCUGCCGGCGUUCGAUUCAUACGAAUGGGGCGAUGCGGAUGUCAUACACCUAAUGCAGACCAUGUUCCUUGAGCUCGGCUUCGUUGAGAAGUUCAGCAUACCCGUCGACACGCUGCGCGAGUGGCUCUACGAGGUCUACAAGCACUACAACGAGGUGCCAUUUCACAAUUUUCGACACUGCUUCUGUGUUGCCCAAAUGAUGUAUGCGAUUACACGCCAAGCGAAUUUACUGACUCGUCUGGGCGAUCUGGAAUGCCUCAUAUUGCUCGUAUCCUGCAUUUGCCACGAUCUCGAUCAUCCUGGCUACAACAACAUCUAUCAGAUCAAUGCACGCACCGAACUGGCACUCAGAUACAACGAUAUCUCGCCGCUGGAGAAUCAUCAUUGUUCGAUUGCAUUCCGUUUGCUGGAGCAUCCCGAGUGCAAUAUAUUCAAGAACUUUAGCCGUGACACAUUCAACACCAUACGCGAGGGCAUCAUUCGCUGCAUUCUGGCCACCGACAUGGCGCGUCACAAUGAGAUACUAACGCAGUUCAUUGAGAUUACGCCCGUCUUCGACUACAACAAUCGUGCACACAUCAAUCUGCUGUGCAUGAUACUCAUCAAGGUGGCCGACAUCUCGAAUGAGGCACGGCCCAUGGAUGUGGCUGAGCCGUGGCUGGAUCGUCUGCUGCAGGAGUUUUUCGCCCAGAGCGCCGCCGAGAAGUCGGAGGGGCUGCCGGUGACACCGUUCAUGGAUCCCGACAAGGUGAGCAAGCCCGGCUCCCAGGUGCGCUUCAUUGGACUUGUGCUAUUGCCGCUCUUCGAGGCGCUCGGCGAACUGGUGCCCGAGCUCACAGAGCUCAUCAUUAUACCCGUGCGCAUAGCCCUCGAGUACUACAGGCGCCUGAACGAUGCACAGACCAAGACCCGCAAAUCGGUAGCCGACAGCAAUGCCUCGGCCACAUCGGACAGCAACAGCGGCAACAUGGACUCGAACGCAGCCAUGGCCAGCACGCCCGGGCACAAUGCGGCCGACAAGCAAUUGUUGGACAAUAAUAAGGGCUCAAAUGCUGGAUCUGGAGCCGGAGGUGGGGGAUCUGGAGCUGCUGGAACUGGAGCUGCCACUGGCGGCGGCGGUGGCGGUAGCGGUGGCGGUGGCAGCGGCUCACCUCAAAUGCCGCGCUCUGGCUCCGCCAUAAGUGUCAAAUCACGUCGCAGCAUACCCUCACAGAAGUCGGCGUCGCGCACCUCCGUGGAUGAGCCAGGCGGCAUGGCCGCUGAGCUCCACGAUCUGCCCGAGGGCAGCGAAAGCGGCGAUUCGGAGACAGCCACCGAGGUGGAUGUGGCUGAGAAGACAUCCAAGUUCAAGGUGGACACGGAGGGUUGCAGCAAUCGCAGCAAAUCGUCGCACUCCACCUCACGGAAAUCGUCGCGCGAGAAGCGGCCCUCGAUGAUUGGCGAGCUGUGCAGCAGCGGCGGAGGCCAGCGCAUACGCAACUCGUACGGCAACAUUCACGGCUAUCACAGCAAUCGGUGUCACUUUGGCAGCAAUCGUGCGGUCAGCCUCGAUCAAUACAGCACGAACAAUCGCCGGUUGUCCGAUGGCCUGCCCCAGGUCAUCUCGGACAGCAAUGUCUUCUACGGACGACCCAAUCGUGGCAGUCUCGAGGCAACGGCAGCGGCGGCCGCGGCUCAGGGGGGCGACCUCAAUAUGAACACCAGCAGCAGCAGCAGCGGUCAAGCGGGAGCAGGAGCAGCAGCAGGAGCUGGAGGAGCUUCGCAAACUGUGCACAGUCAAAUGUUGUCGUCGCUGCGCGAGUCAGACAAAUUGCCAGCAACAGAUGUAGCAGCGGCAGCAACUGUUGCUGCCAGCACCACCAAUGGCAACAUAUCGCCAACGCUGACCCAAACCUUGGCCAGCAAUGGCAGUGCGCGCAGCAGCAGUGCUGCGACAGCAACUGUUGUUACCGUGCAGCAGCAGCAGCAGCAGCAGCAGCAACAACACCAGCAACAGCAGCAGCAGCCCAGCAGCAGCAGCUCCUCUUGGAAGUCGCGUUUGCGUCAGUUCUCCGACUACUUCAGCUUCAGCUUUGACAAGGGCAACAAACGCUUUGGCAGCACACGCAGCAGUCCCUGCCCCGUGCGUGGCAACAACAAUGCAACAGGCAGCAGCAGCAACAACGCCGGCGAGCCCAACGCCGAGUCGAAAGCAACGCAGUCGACCGGCACCUAUUGCAACAUUUCGAAUAGCCCCACGCCGGGCGGCCCAUUGGCUGCUGUUGGCCAGGCCGCGGGUGGCAUGGGCCGGCAUCGCGCCUACAGCUUGGAUGUGCCCUGCAGCCGGCAUGCGGCGACACGCUACAGCUCCGGGGAUAGCAGCAGUCGCAAGUCGUCGUCGCGGCACGACGAGCACAACAACAGCAACAACACGCUGCACAGCAGCAGCGGCGGCAUGGGCAYGGGCAUGGGCAUUGGCGAGCUGUCGGGCAUACGUAUUCGAAUCGGCAGCGCUGAGGAGGGCGGCGGCAGUGGUGCCAGUGGUGGCAGUGGCACAACUGCUGCUGGCGGGGCAAUCAAAUUGCCGCCGAGCAUCAGCUGUGAGAUGGGCUUGGCCAGCGGCUCCUCAUCGGAGCCGGUGCCAAAGAUUUGACAACAGGGGAGCUCCGAUACGACUAACACAAAUACAAACAAUUCGCUCUGCAAUCAGGCGGCAUUUCACACGGUCAGCACGGAGGAGGAGCCACAGCCGGAGGAGCGCCGCCAACGGCUGCUGCACCAGCAGCAACUGGAGCAUGACGAAGAGGAGGAGGCCAUCAUCAACGACAGCGACGACGUGGAUGGCAGCAGUGAGUCCGAUGCUCUCCAUCAGGACACCUCCAGCUGUGAGGUCUCAUCGAUGACUAUGACCGUUUGGUCAGCCAUUGGCCAGCGGCUCAACGCGCUCGUCUGCCAUUGCUGUGAGCGCAAGCUGCCCGAGCCGGAGAAUGUGUAAGGAGUCGAUGCCAAAUAUAG